AUGCAGUCAUCUCAACGCCAACGGCAUACAGGUUUCGCUGCAGCCGAGCAAGUUAGGAACGCUGAAGACACUAUCACGAAGUCAAAAAUCGCCGCAGCCAUGGUAACCGUCGAAGUCCAACCGCCAACGCAAGCCCAAGCUGGCGUUGUCAUGUACCCGCCACUCGUUAUAAGUUCGGGGAGCGAAGAUGCCUCCGACUUUAUACAAGUUGCCCUUAUCGACUCGUACGGACGUGUCCUGGAGGAGCAGUUGUACGGCACGCUGUCGAUGUCCGGUAAGGGCUUAGAUGAUAGACACGCUUCUCGAAGCAGUCGUGCUAGGGAAUAUACCGUCUUCCCUGAUCUCGUCGUGGGCUAUGCCGGCAUUUAUGCCCUACAAGUCAAUGCCAUCCGCAUGGAUUAUGCAUCUCCCGAUGGAGCGGCAGCAAUUAUCACGACGUCGACGACGACGACGCAGAUUAUCGUCUACGACCAAAGCGUCGCCACCGAGAUCCCAUCUCCUGAUGAGCAAACUCUUUUACGCAGGCUACGACGAGAUGGCGGCUUUGGCGUUCCUCGUGCGCCCAGAUAA